CUCCUGUAAGGUUAAAUGCAGCAUAUCGUCUAAAUAGCCUGACUGAAAUCUUGGUGGUGGUAUGAUCCAGAGGAUGGUUCUCUUCAGCGCCAGUAAACUGCUUUUGAUGACUCUUCUGCUCCAACUGACUGAAGAGAUCACAGAGUGGAAGACACACUCAACACCUAAACCUGACAAAUCUGCACAUGUUAGGGAGUUCUGCCUGCACGUUUCUGAUGGCUCCCAAUGGACCAGCUCCAAACCAGACACCCAGCCGCCCACAAAGUCAGCUCCCCCGGCCAAACGACUAAUUCAGCGAACGAAGCAGGCCACCAAACAGCCAGCCCUGCCUCAGAUCGUCACCCAGGAACCCACUCUCACUGUGCCCGUGAUGCAGGCCCCUUCGGAAUUAUUUAGUCUAGUCACUGAGGAUUGUCGCUGCAAAGAGGAAAAUAUGAAGCAGCCAGAUGAAACUUCUACAGUCAAAAGAGUGAAGCUUUGGCUGCCCCAUAAAACAUGUCGCUCAAUGGAAUUAACUGCGACACUGAAGAAUGGCACAGAAGUUUGUGUGACUCAACACUUCCUCUCUUUAUUCAUCAGACAGGAACUUUUAAGCCACAGGCUCUUGCCUGUGCAUGAAAUUGAGGCAGCUGGUGAGGUAGAGCCUACGGUCACAUCCCCUUCUCCACUGGACCCAACCACUGAGUCCUCUGUGACAGAAAUCCAUCCUGAUCCAGAGCUACCAACUUUCUUUGCACCCACACCCACAGAGGAAGAUACAGAGAGUUCUGGUCUUCAGACAGAUGAGUAUAAGUCUUUAGAAAUUACCUGUGAAUCCUGCACUGCGUCGAUGAACGUGGCUGAUAUUGACCCAAAGGCUGUACUUUCCCUCAACAUGAAGAUGGAGUCAUUUCCCUGUCCUGCCCAUAUUUAUGUCUCCCUGGAAGAUGGUCAAGUUUUCUGUGUGGAUUCGCACGAGCUGCAGUUCGCAACAUUGCUGGAGAAACUGGAGGAUCGUUUUAAGCCGGCACCAAACAACAUUGUCCUUGGAUGUCGCUGCCAAGGGAGAGAAAAGAAACGUCCAAGUAAAAAAUCUGCAGUCACAAGUGCAAAGAUUUGGCCCCCCAAUGGAAGCUGUAGCUCAGCUGAAUUCAUUGAGACACUAAAGGAUGGCGGGGAAGUGUGUGUGUCUCCAUCGAGCCUCUCAGAGUAUUUUGGAUUUGCUUCUCUCCAGGGGCGCAGACUUGCAAUUGAGGAUAAAGCACUCCACAUCAGUACGGCAGACGAAAAAGCGCUUUCUUCACGUAUUAUGGUGAUGGACCCAUGCACAGUUUGCGGUGCCUGGGUCACCGUUGACCUGAAUGAUGUGGAGUCCCUGUGGAUGGAUGUGCAGUCACCUCCCUGUCCUAUCCUCGUUCAUGUCAAGCUUAAAAAUAAAGAACAAUUCUGCGUGGACUCAUCCCAGCUUUGGUUCAGGACUCUGCUGGAGAACCUGGAUAUCUAAACCCAGUGAGGAAGAAGUCUUAGCUGGGAUACCGUGAUAUUCCUUUGAUGCGGUGG